UACAAAGUGAAAAUGUCCACAGAAAAGGCUAUCAGAGAAGACCAGGUGGAGAUUUUGGAGUACAACUUCACCAGAAUCAGCAAGAACCCUGAUCGUGCCACCCUUGAUCUCAUCGCUGCUGAGGCGGGGCUAUCAGUAGAAGAGGUUCUAGAAUGGUUCAAGAAGCGGCUGGGAGAGUGGAGGAAAUCGGAAGGGCUGCCUUCAGAAUCCAGGUCUGUCAGAGAUUGACUAAAGCUCCCCCUUUUGGAGACAUCCCUGGAAAACGGACAGCA